AUGCGAACAAGUAAUGGUGAAUCAAUACCAUUGAAACUGUUGAUUGAUAAUGAAUCUAGUAAUAUCAUGCAUCGAUUAAAUAUACAAAUAAGAGGACAAGCGGUUGUUGCUUUGGAUGGUAAACUGAAACGUCAAGACACAAAUCUUGCUAGUUCUACCCUAAUAAAAGAUUACAGAAAGAAAGAAAAUAUGAGUAUUAUUGUUCAGUAUAUGAUAAGAAUUAGAGCUGUAACUGUCUUUGCUGGACGAGAUGUUCAAAUAGAGAUACCAAUAAUAUUAUGUCAUUCACGUCAACAACAAGAGAUUAUCAAAGCUGAAGAAGCAAGUGAUUUAUUAAUAGAAGAAUUUAAGCGACCAACAGCAAAACAACAUCAAACAACUAAGCAGACAGAGAAAAUCGAUUGUUACUAA